CUUCGCAUAUAUUUGAAUAGAUAUCAGGCUGUCCUACAACAAACAUUCACAACUUAUCCACCUUUAGGCAGCUCAAUCAAAUUCCCACGAAUUGCUUUGGGAAAUAAGGAAAGCCACAGUUUAUCAUACUUGUGAGCGGGAGGAAACGAGAUGUAUGCACGCUUUCAGUCUUGGUGCUGCUGGCUUUUCCACUCUAAACCUAGACAUGAUCCGGAAAUGGGGAGAAUUGAAGAAUAUAACCUCGGUUAUCCACGUUUUACUGCACUUCUCUCAGCACACAAAUCCUGGUUUAUAUUCCGUCGCUUUGACAAACUUCGUGCUCGAAUUCUUCUAGCAACGCAAGAUAGGCUGUCCUUUCUUGAGCAGCAACUAGAAGAGAUAGACAGACAGGAAACUUCUCUUCUUUUCCUCGGAAGAAGCCGGUGCGAUGGCAACACAGAUCGACUAUCUACCCUAUCUGAAAUUUCAACCACCCUAGCCGACUAUGGUAAGAGGGUAGUCAGGAAACUAUAGGCGGUCCGCUAAUGAGACCAGACCAACUCAUCGAAAGAACUGGACAGAUGCUGAGCCUACCAUUGGCAGAGCGCAGGGACAUAAACAGCCUGCAGAAUUGGGUGGAUUCUACCGGCUGUCUAGCCAGGGACGAGACCAAGUAUCUUGCUCAUGGACAUGAACUAGUCUCUCUAGGCCUCACGGCAGACAAUGCGGUCUUACACCUCAAAACA